CACCUCACAUUACCUAGCUCUCCAUCUCCCCACCACGAUCCCAAGCACCAUCUACUCCCCCUCCCCGCUGUAGACUCGAUACCUGCGACCUCGGAACUUCUGUACAAUAGCUUCUACAUAUCUGCAAAUAUGUCGUUCGGUGGCCAAACCCCGACGAUUAUUGUGUUGAAGGAAGGAACGGAUUCAUCGCAGGGAAAGGGCCAGAUCAUAUCGAAUAUCAAUGCGUGUUUAGCUGUGCAAGCUACUAUACGGAGCACACUGGGACCUUACGGAGGAGAUUUGUUGCUCGUGGAUGAGAAUGGCAGACAAACGAUCACAAAUGACGGCGCAACUGUUAUGAAGCUUCUCGAAAUCGUACACCCCGCCGCACGAAUCCUGACCGAUAUUGCGAGAUCACAAGAUGCUGAGGUUGGCGAUGGAACGACAUCCGUUGUGGUACUGGCUGGUGAGAUCCUGAAGGAGAUCAAAGAACACGUUGAGCAGGGUGUGAGCCCGCAGACGAUUAUCAAGGGUCUGAGAAGAGCGUCGAACAUGGCUGUUAAUAAGGUGCGGGAGAUUGCUGUUAAUACCAGUGAGGGCAACCAGAGAGAGACUUUGGUCAAGUUGGCUGGUACGGCUAUGAGUAGCAAGUUAAUUAAGAGAAAUACUGGGUUCUUUACGAAGAUGGUUGUUGAUGCUGUUCUUUCACUUGACCAAGACGACUUGAACGAGAAACUUAUCGGCGUCAAAAAGAUUCCCGGCGGCUCCCUUACCGACUCACUGUUCGUCAAUGGUGUUGCAUUCAAGAAGACCUUCUCAUAUGCUGGUUUCGAGCAACAACCAAAGACCUUCAAGAACCCUAAAAUCGUCUGCCUAAACGUCGAGCUCGAGCUCAAGUCGGAAAAGGACAAUGCCGAAGUCAGAGUCGAGCAGGUUUCUGAGUAUCAAGCUAUUGUCGAUGCGGAAUGGCAAAUUAUCUACAACAAGAUGGAAGCGCUCUACAAGACUGGUGCCAAGGUCGUUCUGUCCAAACUGCCCAUUGGUGAUCUCGCAACCCAAUACUUCGCAGACAGAGACAUCUUCUGCGCAGGACGUGUUGCAUCCGACGAUCUCGAGCGUAUCAUCCAAGCCACAGGAGGAUCCAUUCAAUCCACCUGCUCUGACAUCCACCCCGAACAUCUCGGAACAUGCGGAUCCUUCAACGAGCGCCAAAUCGGCGGCGAACGCUUCAACUUCUUUGAGGACUGCCCCGAAGCCAAAACAUGCACCCUCGUCCUCCGCGGUGGUGCAGAGCAGUUCAUCGCGGAAGUCGAGCGAUCCCUCCACGACGCCAUCAUGAUCGUCAAGCGCGCCAUCAAGAACAACACCAUCGUCGCCGGCGGCGGCGCGUGCGAGAUGGAAGUCUCCGCCUACCUGCACCGCUACGCCGACAAGAACGUCCCGCACAAACAGCAGGCGAUCAUCAAAUCCUUCGCCAAGGCACUCGAGGUGAUCCCCCGCCAGCUCUGCGACAACGCCGGUUUCGACGCCACCGACAUCCUGAACAAGCUGCGCGUUGAGCACCGCAAGGGAAAUACCUGGGCGGGUGUCGAUUUCGAUAACGAGGGCGUGAGGGAUAACCUCGAGGCGUUUGUGUGGGAGCCGGCGCUGGUGAAGAUUAAUGCUAUGCAGGCGGCGACCGAGGCGAGUUGUUUGAUUCUGAGUGUGGAUGAAACGAUUAAGAAUGAGGAGAGUGCGCAGCCUCAGGCGCCGCAGAGGGGUCUGCCACCUGGAGCUGCACAGAGGGUGAUGCGUGGCAGAGGACGUGGUAUGCCGAGACGGUAGAGUGGUCGAUUUUGAUGUGGUGUUAGCUGCUUGAGAUGAGAAUUCAAAAACAGAAUUGAGAGAAGCUUGAUUUGGGUCUGGAGUGAUGCGCUACAGUAGUCGAGACGGCAGAAACGAGGCGAGAUGAGACGAGGUUAGGUUGUUUGAUGUAUGAUAUUAUACAUGAGAUAGAUGAUAACUACUACUUGUAGGAGCAGCAUUGUCUGCUACCUUCCAGCCUCUACCCUCCAAGCUGCAAACUCAGCUAUGUGCAAUCUCACAUCACAUCCCCAAAAUCAAUCCGAAAAGUCUGCUCGCCUCGCAGCUACCCGCUCAUCCCUCUUCCCCCUCCCGUCCCCC